UGGAGAUGUUGCUCAAUAGUAUGAAAUGAUGUUUUGCAAAUAGGCCUAUAAUACUGUCAAUUUAUAGAUUGUUACACCAUAAAAGACAAGACAGCAUUAAAUAGCACGCCAGGGUUACUACAUCAAGUGCAAUAUAAUUGACAAUGGAUGAUCCUGACCUCAGUGCUCUAACAUCUCAUCCUUCCUAUGCUAGAACCAUUUCCAUGGAAAUAGGACGUGGUGCUACAGAAGAAAGUGAACCCAAACCCAGAAUUAGGCGGAAAUCAUCCAAGAAAUAUUCUACAGAAUUAUUUCCGUGUGAAGAUGACUUAAAUGAUUCCGAUUUAUCAGAUGUUUCUGACAUAUCAGAAUAUUUUUCUGCAGAGGAAGAAUUUGAGUCCAUGACUUUAAAUGAGUCAGUUGACCAAGAAGAUGAUUUAUUAGGUAGUGAUUGCUCAAGCAGUAGUUCUGAUUACGCAUGCUUUUUAGACAAUCACAAAAGUGAUAAAGUUAAAGCUCUAAGUAAAAAGAAAAAAAGACGUCGACGCCAGCAGUUAAAAGAAAAAAUGCUACACGAUUUUUCAAUUCCAUUUCAAGAUGUUGAAAAUCUUGACCUUGAAGUGGGUGAUUUUGCAGAGGAUUUAGAAAGCUGUGCUCAAAAUAUUCAAAAAACUGUUCCAACGCUCAUGGAUCUGUGUAUCAAAAAUUUGUGGAAGAAAUCAUCUAACUUGUCCAUGAUUGGAUAUUCAUUGUUACCCAGUAAACUUAAAGAAAUAGUAAAUAAAUAUAAAAGAACGCGAUUGUUUUCAAGUAUUCAGUAUUCAUGGUUAACACGUAGUCUGUUUCAUUUGAUCAAAGUAUCCAGAAAAUAUAGUAACAAUCCUGUAUGGUUUAUGCAAUAUCGUAAAGAUGAAGGAAAACCAGAUAAACUGGUGUAUAAAUAUACAGUUCGGACUGUGUGGUUUUUAAUGAAGGGAACUGAUAACAGAAAUGAAGAAGAUGGGGACCAAAUUGCAAGGUGGUUACCAUAUACUAUUUACUUCAUUGGUUCAUCUCCAACUAAUAUAGUUGAGGACUCAAAAGUAAAUAUACUAUCAGUCCUGUGUAGGUUAGUUGAUGUGAUGCUACAACAAUUUGGUCUUCAAAACAAAAGUUGCAAAACUGAUCAACAAGUUAUCGAGGAAAAUGUUGACAAAGUUCGUAAAAUGCUUUGUAGAAGGUACCCAGAUUUUGUAGAGAACAUAUUUGAUGACGUUGUACCAUAUAUAUUUUGGGCUCAUGGUAAUAAAAAUGCUGCCCAUUAUUUUCUGAAAUUAGCUCAAGAUGCUACAGGAUAUCACAGGGCUUAUUACCUGAGUGAAGCAGCUAGAUUUUAUACUCAAUUAAAUGAACCAAGUUUAGCCCGAAAACUUCACCGUGAAGCAAGUGAAGUGAUCUUCUCAUUGUUUUCUCCUUUAACUGUUAAUUAUGUACAGAUUAAAGUUCAAAUGCUCAUGUUAUUGGCAAAUGUUUACGAUCAGGGACCAAUGACAUGUGAGAAGAGUUCUUCAUCAUAUGAUUCUUGGCAAGCUGUUUUACAAAUAGCACCAUCAACACCUGUUGGUACAUGGUUAGAAGCUGUUGAUGCCUUCUUUUGUUAUCAUAGUGGAAUGUGGAAAGAUGGUGACGUAUGCCAGUUACAAGAAGGAGAAAGAUUUUUAGAAAAUUUGGUAGCAAGCCAUCCAUAUUUGUAUCUUCAUCUUUCUUUAAUAAAAGCUCUACUACGUGGGGAUUCACUAUCACCUUAUCAACGUUUUGUUUCAAGUACAUUGUAUGCUGAUAUAUCUGGUGAAGAAGGUCGUGAUCAUAUUGCUGGUCUACAGUUCUGUUCAGAUAUUAAGUAUAAACAUGAUCCAUGGCAUGUAAUCCAAUCUUAUGAUGGUAAAAUACAACUGUUGAAAGUAAUGUGGAGAACACAGUUUCUAUACAUGUAUACAGUUAGGGAUGACAAAUGUAUUCCGGAAGCUGAUUUAUGUGGAAGCCAUUUGAAUCUUCGGUUAUCAGAUCAUGGUCAUUUAACUGGUGAUUUUCAGAUGUUAUUACCACCAACUAAAGUUGUGGAAUUAGAUGUAUAUACAGGACUACAGAUUUUUACACCAGUAACAACUGACAGUAAUGCAUUGUAUUACGAAGAUUUAAUGGAGAAAUGUUCUAAUGCUUUAUAUAAUCCAACAAUGACAGAGAUAUAUAAUUUUGAGGGUAAUACAGUCCAUAUGUUGAAUGUUGGUUAUGGAGCAAAUUGUAUAGGUAAUCCUUCAGGAAUGUUAUAUUUAUAUUGGACUGGCAACGAAGGAGAAACAGCAAGGAUUAAUCUGUUAAGAAUGAUUAAAAAAGGCUGGAAAGAGGCUAUACUAAAGAUGAUAGAAGCUGUAAGACAUCAUCACCAAAGGACAGACAAUGAUGCUGGUGUAUAUGGAAGUGACGGAUGGGCUAAAGAAAUGAAGAAUGCUCUAGACUAUCAUUAUCAAAAAGAUGCCAUGUUUGAUAUGGAGAUUAUUCAAGGUCGUGUAAGUAAUAAAGUACAUAUAGAGAAGACCCAUAAAAAUAUUAAAAAGAAAACUGAAAGAGUUAUCAAGAAAAGAGAACAUGCGGAACUGAGACCUUUCCCUAAUCGAAUUAUAGAUUAUGUUAGAUAUGGUCAUACUCUAUAUAUUCGAGUUCAGCUUACUACAGUUUCUAAUUAUGGAGUUCGAGGCAUGUUUAUUGAUUGUUCAAGUAAAGAAUCUUUUCUUCAUCCCAAGUUUGAGUUUGAUAAGAGUUAUAGGCCACCGUACAUGAUGACAGAGUCUAUUAAUCAUGUGGUACCAAGAACAGACAUCUUAUGGGUGAUUGUUCAUGAUGAGAGUAUUCCUAAAGUAACAUCUUCGAGGUCAGUUUAUUUCUAUGGUCAGGGUGGAGAACUUCUUACUACACAAAACUGUACUACUGUUAACAAUGUAUCUGGAAUGGUAUUGACAGACUUAGUAAUAGGUUCCAGCCUGUUUGGUUAUGAGAGCCAUCAAAAUACAGUAAAAAGAUGUCAUCUGUGCCCAGAUAGUGAAGAUAAUUAUGAAAUUGCAGAAAGUUCGAGUAGAGAAUAUAGUAAAAUAAAUGGUUUACACAUCAUGGCUGACAGAUUAUUAUUACAUUUAGAAACAGAGAUUAUAAUACUAGACACAGAUGAUUGUCUUACACCUAUACCUGUCAAGGUUACAUUCUCAAGUUCAUCGUUAGAGGUUAAAGAUGGUCGUAUACAAGGUGUGUUUAAAGCUGUGAAGAUAAUUAGUGAUAAACAACGAUCAGAUGAAUAUGGUAAUUCUUAUACUGAGAUAGUUGUUGCUGUUGAUUGUCAUCUUCUUAUAUUUAGAAUAAAUGAAAACAAUAAAACUGAAGUAGAUUUAAGAUUUUGUGUUGAAGUAGCUGGUCGACCAAUAGAAUAUUGUUAUAUUAAUAAACAACUUGGAUUUCUCAUUUCAACAACACAGCAUUAUAAUAUUAGUGAUCAUUAUCGUGAACAGGUGUUUCAUUAUAACUUUGAUGGAGUUUUAUUGGGUGUUUUACCAUUCCUAGGACCAGGACCGCGUGAUAUGUUUACAUUAUAUUUAUCAGGAGAUACUAAAACUACGCAACGAUAUAGUAGACUUGGUCAACAAGGCCGAUAUGUUUUUAUGCGCGAUGGUCAUGGUGGUAUCAUGUCCAUCUGGUUAGGACCUUAUUGAUGGCUGUACUGGACAUUUUGACUUUAAUAUCGUAUACAGUAAUUUAUAAUUUUAUUAAAUCUGCUGCAAUGUUGAUAGUUCACUUUAAUACUGGUGUCACAGCUUGAUACAGCUCAGUACAUUAUACUGCCCAUGGCCUUUAUAAUUAACCAUGACAGUUUUACCCUAUGUAGGAAGGGAACCCUUUACGAAAAAGUGUUUGGGACUGACAAGUACAAGAGGAACAUUAGUCCAGGAUUGGUGACUGGUGGUCAGACUAUUAGGUUUAGGUAUGAUUGGGAGAGGGGUUUUACGCCGGCUAAGCCUGUUCCCCAAUUCCAUUCAGAGAACCUGAAUAAAAAUAUUGUUUAGUAAAAAGAUAGGCCAGUGUAAUAUACAAUACUGUACAUACUUGGUAGGUCAUAUAAUAAUUAGAAAUAGUUGUAAAUAUUCACCAAAUACAACUUUAAAUCAAUGGUUUAUAUCUAGAAUAAAGAUUUGAUGAAAAAAUUAAGCAAUAGAAUAAAUCACAAUUUUCUUAGCUGUAACAAGGAAGCACCAUGAAACGAAAUAUGGUAAAUAUGUCACUGUUCCAAGCUCAAAGCCACUGGAUCACUUGUACAUUUAUGAACUGUAUUUAUGUAGACGUAUGUUGUUGUUGCCCCUGUCCGUUCGUUCACAAUUUGUUUUUUUGGACACUCCACAGGUCACAGUUUUUAUCUGCUUUUGAAAAGAAAAAUUUGAAAUAUAGGUUUAUCUCCAAAAGUUCUUGGUCCAUUUAGAUAUUGGUGUGUAUCAGAUCAUAACUUCAUGAUCAUGGCCCUUGAGGUCACAAUUUUUAUCCAAUUUUAAAAAUCUUUGAAACAGAUCACUGUUAUACGCUAAUGAUGGUUGAGUUGAAAUUUCAUGAAAAUCGGAACGAACAUGUCCUACAAAAUGGCCGCUCCGUGUACGUAAAUUGUGUAAAUGUAUGUAAUAUUGAGGUUGUGGAUCCUAUUAGGGGCACAAUUUAUAUCUGAUUUAGAUAAAUCUUAAAAGAUUUGUUGAUAUCCCAAAGAUUUUGCUUCCUUUUGAUAUUGCUAGAUGUCCGAUUAUGGCCCCUGAUUGUACAAAUAAUCGCUUUUUGUUAUCUGGUUCUCUGUCCAUUUCUUGCUUUAUGUGGGCAUAUCUUGCAUGGCAACUACUUGUUUAUAUGACUGAUUGUUCGUGUUGAUUGAUAAUACAUUUGUAUUUAUUUAUACUAGUUAAUUCUAUAUAUUUGUUAACAGACAUAUCACAUUUAUAUUGGUUAACUCUAUAUACUUUUUAACAGACAUAUCACAUUUAUACUGGUUAACUCUAUAUAUUUGUUAACAAACAUAUCACAUUUAUACUGGUUAAUUCUAUAUAUUUGUUAACAGACAUAUCACAUUUAUAAUGGUUAAUUCUAUAUAUUAGUUAACAGACAUAUCACAUUUAUAAUGGUUAACUCUAUAUAUUUGUUAACAGACAUAUCACAUUAAUGAACAUGUAUAAUUUAUAAUAAACUGAUCAAGUAUUUAAUUUAA